AGUAGUGGGCCAGGAUUUCCUGUUUUGUGGCUGUGUGACUCUGAAAGUGUGUAGAAGAUCACACAUUGAUUAUUCUACAUGGAUUUAGCAUUGCCAGACCAUGGUAAUUUAACUCUCAAUUUCGGUUCAGCAGAAUUUUGGUUGUAUUAAUAGUUGAGUCCAUUGUAUUGUAACUUGAAAAUAGUUAAAUCUGGGGUAAAUUGCAAUUUACUGCCAAGUAUUGGUGAGAAUCAUACCUGAUAUUGGAGGACAUUACAAGGAUCAAGAUGGUGACAAUUCUACUCUUUAUGGCAUUAGCUCAUCAAAUGGUCAAAUCUUCAUUGGCUGCUGGUGAAGAGAUCAGGCUGGUCAAUGGCACUAGUCGCUGCUCUGGGACAGUGGAGAUUCUUUACGAGGGCCAGUGGGGAAGAGUGUGUGGUCAGAAGUGGGACGUCGACGAUGCCAAUGUGGUGUGUGGCCAGCUGGGCUGUGGGAGGGCUGUGAGUGUCCAAAGUAGUGUCCACUUACGUCAGGGUAGUGGUGGCAGGCCAACUUGGCUGGAUGAUGUUGGGUGUAAAGGCAGUGAGAGCUCCCUCACAGAAUGCUCACAUGGAGGAUUGAAACACCAUGACUGUUUACAGUCGCAAGAUGCCAAAGUUGUCUGCUCAGUUAAACAUAAUAUCAGACUGGUCAAUGGGAGUGACCUCUGCUCUGGGAGGGUGGAGGUCUAUCAAAUUGGUCACUGGCGAACCGUGUGUAAUGACAUAUGGGAUUUGAAUGACUCUGCUGUGGCAUGCAGACAGCUUGGCUGUGGGAGAGCUGUUAGUGCCCCAGAGAGGGCUUACUUUGGUCAGGGCAGUGGGCCCAUCUGGCAGGAUGAUGUCGGCUGCUCUGGCAGUGAGUGCUCCAUCACACAGUGCCCACACACAGGAGGAACACAUAACUGUCGUCAUGGUAACGACGCAGGUGUUAUUUGUACAGGUGUUGUCUUGCAGACGCCUUCACUCUCCACAAACCAAUCACAUUCUGCCUUAUUGCAAGGAGAGGAGGUCCAACUCACCUGCACUCUUCCAUCCCGUAUCCUCUGUAAUGCUGUGGAGUUCAUCUUCUAUCUGAAUGGAGACUCCAUCAUGACCGUGACCGUUGGAUCCUCACAGCCCAGGGCUACUUUAACAAAGUUUAAGAUGGAUGCUUCACACCAGGGCAGUUACCGCUGUCUCUACAGAACCCUCUCCAACAGCCAAGCCAUCAGCUCCCCUUACAGCAACAUUACUAAAGUGGUCCUGCUACAGCCCAACAUCUCUCUCAGUCCUCCAAAUGGAGGGAUGUUUUGGGAACCUCAGGGGCCAGAGGUGGUCAGGGGCCACAGCUUCUCCAUCACCUGCUCCAUUCAGCCACAGUAUCCUGGAGGCCUCUUCUAUCUGGACUUCUCUGGGUCCAACAGGACUGAAACUAAGCUAGCAGUCAACCACUCUGCCUCCUUCCACUUCCCUGUUGCAGAGUAUACAGACCAGGGGAACUACAGCUGCAGCUAUGGAGUCAACAUCUCUACCUGGUCAUUCAGUUCGGGUAAUAGUGAACUAGCUGUCACCAUUAGAGCAUUCAUGGUCCCCAUCAUUGUCUCUGGAGGGACUGGUGGGGUAGGACUGCUAAUUCUGCUUCUUCUAGCCAUCUGUCUAGUCAGCUGGAGGACGAGGAUGAACAGAAAGCCAUCUACAGAGACUGGCCAGAGAGAAUGUCUUGACAACAGACACAACAGAGGGGAGGACAACGAAGAGGAAGAGGACUAUGUUAAUGUUGGAAACGUCUGUCACCAGAGAGGUCUGGAGGGUGCAAAGAAAAAUGAGAAGGAUAAAGGGCACAGCUAUGGAAAAUCAGAGGACGUCUAUGACAACGAGGACGGAAACACUCAAAGAAAUGGUGUUUGUGGGGUGUCUCAUGAGAAAAUGAACAGUGAAGAUGAUGAAAAUGAUUAUGUUAAUGUCUCUGCUUAGGACAAUGCUGUAGCACAGGCAGGUGUGUCAGUUGGGUAUAGCUUUAAGACCAAAAAGUUAAAAGUAGGCUAAAAAAAAAGUUGACUAAAAUCAUUCAAAUCCGCCAUUAAAAUGCAACGGCUGUUUAGCGUAUCUAUGGGCUGGCUUUAGGACUACGCAGCAAUUAGCUCGGAGGGCCUGUGUGCCUUUCUCUCAGCAUUGAGCAGAGACAGUACCCAACAGCUUGCUUGAGGUCAGCUAUUUAGGCAGUUCGCCGAUUGCUUUGAAUUUGAUGUCGACAUUUGAACUCGGCCUUGUAAGCCUCACAGCCAGUUUUAUCCACCUGCUACUUAUACAUUGAUGGUCGGCAUAAGCGGCGCAUCCGGUAGGCUAGGGGAAGAUAAGCUUCGCCUAAUGUCAAUAGAAUGACAUUUCCAAAAUUACCUAUAUAAUUACUUGUGCCUUAUACAGAAAUAAAUAACAUUACAAAUACUACACCAUAUGAUUUGACCAUAGAGAUUCAUUAGCUUCUUUUAAAAAUGAGCUGUUUUUAUUGAAAUUAGUCAUUUGGGCAGCAGGCGGCAAAUAGCCUACAAAAUAGUUGAUUGUUGAGUUGCAGCAGUCAGUGGAAAGAAGUUUAGUAGGCUUAGAAAGCAAAUGGCUCUAAUUUGUCUUCUCACCUCCCAUUUGAGUAAACAGUAGCCUCUUAUUGGCACCAGAGGAGAGCAUCAACCAUAUCCCCAAUGAGUGCACCACAUUCACUUGCCUUUAUCAUUGGAUCCCCAAACAUUUGGGGAGACUAAUUCCCUCCUCCAGGCUAGAUGGAUGUCAUAUUGUAGAAUUUGUGACUCUCUUUUUUCUAGGCCUAGAUUAGAUAGUUACAUAGUUGAUAGUUGUUUUUACUCAUCUGUUUGUGAGUGUCAGCAGGCUACUCAUUUUUGUCUAUUGAAAAAUAUGUUGCUUAUUCCUCCAGUCAUAUAAAGUGUAUUAGAAUUGCAUAAAAUGUGUUUAGAAAAAGGCAACAUUUUUCCUGUGCAAAGAAAGGAGAAGAAACGUCUCUGUUUAAUCCUACACUAUGUCAUUACGCGCUCAGAAAUGCAUUGUUCAGAAUGAUCUGUUUUGCUUACAGUGAUUGAGUUAUGUGAUUAACCUAAAUUAUGACUGAAAUCUACUCAUCACAUUAGCAAUAGUAGCAUAUAUUGCAUUAGUCUGCAAAUGCGAUAGUAGAUGCAUGAAAUUCCUUUAUUACACUGAACAAAAAAUGCAACAAUUUCUAAGAUUUUACUGAGUUACAGUUUAUCUAAGGAAAACAGUCAAUUGAAAUUAAUGAAUGAAUUAGGCCCUAAUCUAUGGAUUUCACAUCACUGGGAAUACAGAUAUUUUUACCCUUGUGUGGUGUUUUUGUUAUUCACCCAACGUUUGCGAGUCUGAUGGCCCCACAACGCUAUUGUUUUUUUUAAAACAAUACAGCCAUAACAAUUUAGGUAAAAAUACUCACUACUUAGAUGUUGAUGUCACGUUCUGACCUUUAUUUCCUUUGUUUUGUCAUUAUUUAGUAUGGUCAGGGCGUGAGUUGGGGUGGGCAGUCUAUGUUUGUUUUUCUAUGAUUUGGGUAUUUCUAUGUUUCGGCCUAGUAUGGUUCUCAAUCAGAGGCAGGUGUCAUUAGUUGUCUCUGAUUGAGAAUCAUACUUAGGUAGCCUGGGUUGCCCUGUUUGUUCGUGGGUGAUUGUCUAUGUUGAUGGCUUGUUUCAGCGCAGUUCACAUUAGCUUCACGGUUGUUAUUUUUUUACUGUUUUUGUAUAGUGUUUCAGUGUUUUCUUUAUUAAAAUUAAUGAUAAACACAUACCACGCCGCAUGUUGGUCCUCCGAUCCAAAGGACGACCGUGACAGUUGACUUAUAUCAAUUACAAACAAAGACAGCAUACAUGGUUCAAAUUUGGCAUUUAUCCCUGGUAGAUCACAUUUAUGAACAGCACGAUUUGUUUUAUUAGAUAAUCAAGACAUUGGUGGAAUAAAUCAUGUUUAUCUUGAACAAACAUAAAAGAAACAAGGUUUUCAUCA